AUGCCCUCGCAGUCAAAUGAGCGUCAAUUUCUGAAGGACUUCAUAAGCGGCGCGCCCGGCUCCUCGGGCGCACGUCUGGCCGCCUGGCUGCAGCCGGAGUCGCGCCUGGAUCCCAAUAAAUGCGAGCUGAACACGAUAACGGAGCCGCUGCGCUAUGGCUGGCCCACCCAGGUGACGGUGACGAUCCGGGAUCAGUAUGGCGAUGCUGUGCUGGUGCCGGAGCUGAAGGUGGAGAUAAAGGCCAUACCGACGGGCCCGGAUCGCAGCGGCGGCGGCGGACUGGGCGGCAAUCAGAAGAUGCGACGCACCUCCUAUGCGGACGAGGGCGCCAAUGCAAACGGACACAGUCUGGGCGCCCAGCUGGGCGGCAUGGCGCCGCCGCCGCGUCUCAACUAUGAGGCGACCACCAAGGAGAAGAUGUGCUUCAAGGCGAUCACAUUCAUGAAGCCCUACACGAACUAUUCGUUCGAGGAGCUGCGCUUCAGCAGCCCCAUCCAGACGCGCACCACCGAAGCGCUCAACGCCCAGGACAUGGAGGAUGGCACCUUCAGCGUGCACUGGACGCCCAAUUCCGUUGGCGGCUAUUGUCUGGCCGUCACCAUCGAUGGCAUACCCCUCGAGGAGGUCUAUCGCGUCGAGGUCAAGGAGGGCAUGCUGCCACCGCCGACGCAGCGCUCCAGUGCGACACGCCGGCCGCAGGCGCCGAGCAAGCUGCGUCGCUUUCAGGCGCAGCACAGUGCCGGGCUGCGCAUACGCUCCCAUCCCACGCUGCAGUCCGAGCAGGUGGGCGUGGUGCGGCUGGGCGGCAUCAUAUCGUUCAUUGACGAGAUCGAAAACGACGACGGCAUCUGGCUGCGUCUCUCGACCGAAUCCAUACGCCAGCACUGCACCAUGGGCUGGUAUCCGACGGAGGCCUGGUGUCUGCAAUUCAAUCAGCAUCUGACACGCACCCUGCUCCAGCCGGUCAGCGAUGCCACAACACCGGCCAAGUCCGGCAGGUGCGCUAAGUCCGGCACAGACACGGCGGAGGCGCCGCCGGCCAGUCCCAGCGGCAGCAAUGCGGACAGUCCCAGCAGUCCCGGACGCAGGCACAGCAAAUCGCCGACAGAGCGCAAAAUCUUUGAGCCCGUCAUCGCGUCCAGCAGCAGCAGCUGCUCAACAAAUCCCUUUCUGCUGCCCGCCAAAUCCAACGAGCAGCUCGACACGGACAGCACACUGGCCACGGCCACAACGGAGCUGCUGCCGGCCAAUCUGGGCUCAGCGCUGGCGGGCGUUGUGGGCGGCGGCGCCAUCAAGCUGCAGGCGCUACAAAAGUGGUUCAAGGGCGAUGCCGGCGACGCAACCGCCACGGAUGCCAGCAGUCAGCCAGCCAGUCAGGCGGGCACAUCGCCGCCGCUGGCCGCCGUCUCUGUGCGCGAGCUGGUCCGUGUUAUGGGCGGCCCGGAGACAACGAUGCCGCCGAUGCGCGGCAAUGGCAAUUGUCGCGAACAGGAGCCGGGCGCAGCGGAUGCUGGUGGCGGCGACUUUGAUAUAGCCAGCGUGCGGCGCAUGAACUUCACGGCCAGCCAGACGGCGGCGCUGCUGUCGACGCCCAAGCAUACGCCGCGGCGUGCCGCCCAGCCGGCCGCCAGCGAGGCGGAGCAGCAGCAGCAGCUGGCCCAGCUGGAGGAUGAGCUGAGCGUUCUGCAAAUAACGACAACAACAAACGAAGCCAGCGAAACGCAAAGUGAGCUGCAAAUUGGUGGCACAGAUGCCGCCAAUCCAGCGGCCACGUGCUCGAGACGCAACCAUGCCAUGGGCCCCAUUAAGCGUGCAAUGCCGCCAUCCUUUGCCGAGAGCAUACGUGCGGUGUUUGCCGCGCUGCUCUGGCACGAGGGCGUCGUCCAUGAUGCGAUGGCCUGUGCCAGUUUCCUCAAAUUUCAUCCCGGCCUGCCCAAGGAGGGCGCCACGGUGGUGACGCGUCGCGAUCCGAACGAUGCCCGGCUGCAGCUGUCCCGCGAACAGAAGGCCCAACAGCGACAUUCGGUGGAGGUGGCCAAUGCCGGACACUAUCUCAAUAUACGUCCCUCGACGCUCGAAACGCUCGCCAAGAGCGGCAACUGCUCCCUGCACAAUCGCAGCAAGCAUCGCAAGGCAGCGGCCGUUGCCGCUUCUGGAGAGGAUCAGCAGCAGCAGCAGCAGCAGCUGCAGCCGUUGCCGGAGCUGGUGAGCGUGUUGCCGCCGGCUUUGCGCUGCCUGGUUUAUCUCUGGGAACAGAUCUGUGCCGGCUGUGUGCACAUUGUCCAGACGAAUGCGCUCGAGCAGCGCGAGCCGCGUCUGUUGUCGCCGAACGGUGCUCGGGAUGGUGAUCCGGACGCCAAGGGCGAUGGCAAAGGCAACGGUGACUUGGGCGGCGACAGCAAGGAUCCCAGCAAGAAGGGUAAACGCAAGAAGAAGGACGACGGCAGCUGGUGCGAAAUCUGCGAACUAUUUCUGCCCAUGCCCGUCACAUAUCAUAUGCGCAUCGCCCAUCCCGGCUGCGGCAAAUCCGCCAAGGGCAAGGGCUACAAUUCCGUGGGCAUCUUCUGCGAGGGCUGGGCCGGCAAUUGCGGCGAGGGCGGCAAAGGCGCAUCCAGCUGGUUCCUCAUGUGCGACGCCUGCCGCGACAAAUAUCUGGCGAGCAGCCGCAGUGCCAACAAUGUCAACGCCGCCGCACAACAAGCCGCCAAUGCAGCUGCGGAAUUGAAUCUGUUUGGCGUGAAGACAACCACGCUGAUCGCCAACUCGGAGGUCUAUACCACCAUGCGUGAGAAUGCGACAUUUUUGCUGGAGCUGUGCUCAUCAUCCGCUUCCUCCACGGGCAGCCUGCAGCCGAACGCAAUCGUGGGCAGCCAGAAGCGAUCGCCCCAGCAGCAACAGCAGCAGCAGCAGCAGCAGCAGCAGUCGAUGGCCAUGCCGGUUGUGGUAGAGCAUCAGCAUUUGGGCAUGCCCGAUCUGAAUCUGAGCAGCAAGCCGAGCACCAGUCGCGCCGACUCGGCGCGCAACAGUCGCAUCGGACGGCUGAGCGGCAAGUUUACGGCAUUUCGGAAAAGUUUUGUGGGCGUGCCGCCGGCAACGCCGGACAAUGUUUGGCUGGCGCCCGACAGUUUUGCCUGUUUCGAGUGCCUCGGCACCGGCGUCCACGAGGAUUUGCCCUACGAGAUGUUUGGCCUGGGCGCCAAUGCCAAUGAGAACGGCUACGAUCGGCCCCUGUCGGAGAUCUCGUACGAGUCGUGUGAGCCGAACAACUAUGAAUUGAUGUCCGGCUCUUUGGCAAAUCCGACCUCCACUGGCGGCACCUUGUCCAAAUUCCAUCGCAGCUACUCAAUGGGCCAGGGCUGGGCAGCUGUCGCACAACAACAACAACAACAACAGCAGCAGCAGCAGCAGCAGCAGCAGCAACAGCCGCAACUGCAGCUGCAGUUGCAGCAUCAUCAACAGCUCCAGCUGCAGCAGCAGCCCUCGGUGGUCGCAUUGCCGCUGGAUGCACAACCGAAGGUUGUGUAUCGGCGGCGCAAUAAUUCGACCAGCGAGGGUGACGGUUCGCUGCUCAUCUGCUAUCCGUCAGAGCAUCUGCGUCGCCUGGUGCCCCCAAAGCUUUUGGCCAGUGUUGCCGUGCUGCCGCAGGCUCCCAACAAUGCCAACGAUACGCUAACCAAGCCCAAUCCGGCCGGGCCGGUCAAGGAUCAGCCAAUGUCGCAGCAGCAACCGCCGCUGCCGCUGCCGCCGCCGCCGCCGGCGGCGCCGGUUAGUCCGCUGCCGGAACAGAAUAGCGCGCUGCUCAGUCGACCCGCAAUGGCGUUUAUCACACAGAAACACGAACUGGACCGGCUGCGCGGCGCAAUGCGACGCAGUCUACGGAUCGCCGCCUGUCGCAUCUAUGCCCUGCAGGCGCUCAACUGGCUGCUGCGCAGCGUGACGCAGGGCGUUUGUCUGCACGAUCUGAUGUGGUGGUUUGUCAGCUCGCUGGCGCUGGGCAGCUCCGAGCUGGUCGAUGGCAAAUAUGAGGAGGCGGAACCGGCACUGGAGCAUCCGGCUGCCUAUACACAGAUCAGCGGACGCUUUGCACAUCUAAUAACCCAGUCGCUGCAUGUCCUGCUUCAAUCGGUGGCAGAUCUGACGCUACAUUUGCCGCUCGGCUCGCCGCUGCAGCGUGUGGCCAUCCAGUGCUUUGGCAUACGCUUCCGGCAGGCGGAUCAUCAGUUUCUGCACAGCUCGCAUGUCUUUGGCAACAUCUCGAAGAUAUUGUCCAAAUCGGAUGAGCAAAACGAUGCCAUGGCCGUUUCCACAUUGCUGGCCGCCACCGGCGAAACGCAUUGCGAUGCGGAGCAUAAUAUUGCCAGUGCUAGCAAUCAGCUGGCCGCUGGCAGUGUGCCCGGCGCCCGGGUCAUCUGCUAUACGGAUCUGUCGGGCAUGUUCGAGGUGACGGUCUCCUCACGGCCGGCCAUGGCCGAAUCCCUGACGGACAACUCAACGGAAACAUUCUGGGAGAGCGACGAGGAGGAUCGCAACAAGUGCAAAAUUAUCGAGUUAUCCAUGAACAAACUCAGCUAUGCCUGCAAAUUUGUGCUCGUCCACAUCGACAACAGCCGCGACAUUCAGAACAAGGUGCUGAAUGUGGUAUUCUAUGCGGGCCAGUCGCUGGGCGAUACGAAUCUCAUCAAGACAGUGGACGUGGACCAGAAGGCGUGCGUGUGGAUUGCGGCCAAGAUCAGCGACGAGACCUGCACGCACUUUCGACUGGAACUGCACGGCCCGGAGAAUACGCUGCGUGUGCGUCAAAUCAAGCUGCUCGGUCUGCCCAGCUGCCAGGUGGGCGCCGGUCACGAGGAGCCGCCGGCGGUCGAGCAGCGGGCCAAUGUGCGUUUGGCGCACGCGGCUCGCAUCCAACAGCAAAUCUGCGAGGCGGAAACGUUGCGCGUAUUCCGUCUAAUCACCGGCCAGGUAUUCGGCAAGCUGAUCAGCAAUGUGAGCGAUGCGGUGACAGCAACUGGCGCAGCCACAUCGGAGGCAGCCAACUCAAUGCUGGCAGAUUCGCUGGAUCUGCGCGAACAUAUGGUUGGCAUUCUGUUCUCGCGCAGCAAGCUGUCGCAUCUGCAGAAGCAGGUGAUUGUGCAUAUUGUGCACGCCAUCAAGAAGGAGGCGCAGCGCGCCAAGGAGGACUGGGAGCUGGCCAAUUUGGCACAUGUGCUCAAACAGCAGCCGCCUCCGCCGCCGCCAGCAGCAGCAGCUGGAGCAGGAACUGCGGCCGGAUCAGCCGCUGCCACGUCCAGCGAGAGCAGCUCGGAGCGCAGCCGCGCACCGGACACCUAUUGCUUCGAGAUGCUCAGCAUGGUGCUGGCCCUGUCCGGCAGCGUUGUGGGUCGCUCGUAUCUAUCGCAGCAGCACGGACUGCUGCGCGAUCUGUUGGGCCUGCUGCAUACGGGCAGCGAUCGGGUGCAGCGGCAGGUGACGGCGCUGCUGCGUCGCAUUCUGCCGGAAAUAACGCCGGAGAGCUUUGCGGAUCUGCUGGGCGUGCAGCGUUUGCCGCCAGCCGAUUAUAGUAUUGCACAUCAGAGCGCCAGCGAUUUUGACAUGAGCCGUUUGGGCUUAUUGGACAUAUUUUUGGCCGUCAUUGCCAAGUCGCUGCAGCUGCAGGUCAAGGUCAAGACGAACACAGCGAAUGCAGCUGGCGGCGUCGCUGGAGGCGUCGGUGGGGGCGUGCCUGCGGCCAACGUCAAGUCUGGGCAGCUGGAGAAGACGCCCGCAUUUGUGCGGCUGUGCAGCUCCCUGGAUCUGUCCGUGCAGCUGUUGCGCUCACGUCCAACCACAGCGGAGCAGCAGCUGGCGGCGGCACCGGCGCCAAGCACAACCAGCGAUCCGUUUCGCUUUGACUCCGCACCGCCCAAGAAGGAGUCCAAGCGCAAUUUGAACCAGCGCUGGUUCCUCAACGGAGUCAUUUCCACCAAACAGGCGGAGAGCAUCAUUGGACUCAUACGCGAUCUGGCUAGCGGUAAGCUGAGCGAGAAGUGGUCCCAGAUCACCAAGGCGGCCAUUGCUGAGUCUGUCCUGAAUCUGACACGGCUCGAGGAGAUCUACCGCACGCCGGAGCAUUGCACAAAGACGGCAACACUGUGGCUAGCGCUGGCCAGUCUCUGUGUGCUGGAGCGUGAUCAUGUGGAGAAACUGUCAUCUGGACAAUGGUCCAAGCUCUGCGACACCCGACCCAUGUGCACCAAUCAUGACGAUGGCGAAACGGCGGCCAUCAUUCAAUGCGAAACAUGCGGUUCGCUCUGCGGCGAUUGCGAUCGCUUUCUGCAUCUCAAUCGCAAGACACGCACACAUAAGCGCACGGUUUGCAAGGAGGAGGAGGAGGCCAUACGCGUGGAACUGCACGAGUCCUGCGGCCGCACCAAGCUCUUCUGGCUGCUCGCCCUGGCCGACUCAAAGACGCUGAAGGCUAUGGUUGAAUUUCGCGAUGGCAGCCACACGAUCAUCUCGGGCCCCCAGGAGGCUGUGGGUCGGUGUCGGUUUUGCGGGCUCACCGGCAACUCGGGCCUGCUGGAGAUUGGGAAUGUGUGCGCCGAUGCCCAGUGCCAGGAAUAUGCAGCCAAUUCCUGCCUCAAGACAAAGCCCUGCGGUCAUGCCUGCGGCGGCGUGGCCGGCGAACGCAAAUGCCUGCCCUGCUUGCAGCAUGUGUGCCAUGCCCGCGAGAAUGAGCUGGCCGAGGAGCUGCGCGAUCCCAAGCUGACACAGGAUGCGGACGACAUGUGCAUGAUAUGCUUCGUGGAGGCCGUCUCUUGCGCGCCAUCCAUACACCUGGAGUGCGGUCAUGUGUUUCACUUUCACUGCUGCAAGGCCGUGCUGGAGAAACGCUGGAGCGGACCGCGGAUUACCUUUGGCUUCUCGCUGUGCCCCAUCUGCAAGGCGGACAUACAGCAUCCCCUUUUAUCGGACAUAUUGGAGCCAAUCAAUGGACUCAAGCAAGAUGUCAAGCGCAAGGCGCUCAUGCGCAUCAAGUACGAGGGCGUGGUCAAGGAUACGGACAACAAGGAUGUGACACAGCUGGCAAUGGAUCGUUAUGCGUAUUACGUGUGCUUUAAAUGCCAGAAGGCCUACUAUGGCGGCGAGGCGCGCUGCGAUGCGGAAAUUGGCGAAAAAUUCGAUCCCGAGGAGCUCGUCUGCGGCGGCUGUUCGGAUGUGGCGCGCGCCCAAAUGUGCCCCAAACAUGGAACCGAUUUUCUUGAAUACAAAUGCCGUUACUGCUGCUCGGUGGCGGUGUUCUUUUGCUUUGGCACCACCCACUUUUGCGAUACGUGCCACGAUGACUUUCAGCGCCUGACGAACAUACCCAAGAUCAAGCUGCCCCAAUGCCCCGCCGGGCCCAAGGCCAAACAGCUGCUGGGCGACGAGUGUCCCCUUCAUGUCAUCCAUCCGCCCACCGGCGAGGAGUUCGCCCUCGGCUGUGGCGUUUGUCGCAAUGCCCAAACAUUUUAGCAACUGCGUGCCAAGAAACUGCAGCUGGAACUUAAACUGGAACUGGAACUGGAACUGGACCUGGAACUAGAUCGAUCGCCAGCGGAACCGCCGCCGCCGCCAGAAUACGCGUCUAGAGAGGACGACUUUUAGACACACACAUAUAUAUAUAUA